GCCCCGGUACCGUCCGCGGCGCCGCCGCCGCUACGUCACAGCGGCCUUCCCCCGGUGAACGCGCUUACGCCGCCGUGUGGGGUUACUUGGCCGCGGCGGGCCGCUGGCGGAGGAAUGGCGGCGCGGGGCGGAGGUGCGGAGGACUCCUUCAACGUCCUGGACCUGGCGGAGUACACCAAGAAGCAGCCUUGGUGGCGCAAGAUCUUCGGCCCCAGCUCGGGGUCGAGCGCUGAGAAGUACAACGUGGCCACGCAGCUGCUGAUCGGAGGGGUGACGGGAUGGUGUACUGGAUUCGUCUUCCAGAAAGUUGGAAAGCUGGCAGCGACAGCGGUGGGAGGUGGCUUCUUCCUACUUCAGAUUGCAAAUCACACGGGAUACAUCAAAGUGGACUGGAAGCUGGUAGAACGGGACAUGAACAAAGCCAAGCAGCAGCUGAAAUUUCACAGCAGUGGUAACAAAAUGUCUCCAGAAGUGAAAAGCAGAGUGGAUGAGAAGCAGUUCCAGCCAGUCUAGUAGCAUGAGCCCAGGUGUGUACCCCCGUGGCCAGGAAGACCAACAGCAUCCUGGCCCAUAUCAGCGAUAGUGUGGCAGCAGGGCCAGGGAAGUGAUCACCUCCCUGUACUGAGCACGGUGAACGUAAAGACGUAUACAAAGACAUGUAGACAUGGCAAUUAGUGACAUGGUUUAGUGGUGGAUUUGGUGAUGAAAGGUCUUUUCCAACCUAAAUGAUUGAGGCCACCAGCCUUCCCCCCCUCUCCGCAAGUGACCAUGGGCUGCCUUAAUAAACCCCUCUCUUUGAUGAUCUUGGUACCAAUCACCCCUGUUCCAAAUAAGUUGAUGCUUCUGGGGUGGGAGGUGAUUCUACUGCCACCCUGGCUCCUGAGCCUCUCUGCUGAGCAAGUUUGUACCACCUGAGUAGAACUGGGCCUGGAGACAGGGCUUAUCAAUAGGCAUGACAGAAGCCUAUAUAUUUAUUUUUUAUCAUCUGUUGGUAACUUUCUUUCCACUGCUCCUGCUCAGGUAAGACACAAUGGAAAAACGAGCAACUCACCCAAGUGUUUGAGGUGCUUCACACAUUGUGAUCACUUUCCCCUCCUUUGCAAGAAUAUUAAAGCCCUUAUGUUGUCUUAAGGGUUUGCUUUUUGAGGGGAGGCAGUGGGAGGAAAAGGCCAGCCCUGAAUUAUUCCAAUCCUGAGCAUGAGUUAUAAAAAUACCAAGCAGCUUCUGUUUAAACAUGAUGAUAUCACACUCAGCCCUGGACGGUGAAUGGCAGCCAAGCCGCCUGGCUUGCAGCUACCUUGUAUUCUCAAUGAACAACCAAGCUGAGACCACA